UGCAUCGCUUCGCUUGCGAAGAAUAGGUUAAACAAACGGGUGUGUAGAUUUCUGCCAAUGUGUUACAACAUGUUAGUGAAUGGAACAAACUUUGGAUAUUCUCUUACUCACAGGUUACUUUGGCUGAUACAAGCUCAUCGCGGACGAGGUUGCAGAAUAUUUUCCACAAGAGAAGACAAGGAACUGAUCGAUAUGUUCUGCACAAAGAUAUUUCGUGAAGCGAAUUACAUAGCAGCGAACAACUUUAAAAUACUAGACUUGCUGUUAGAGCAAAUGACUUACUGUUCCCUGGCCGGUUACCCGGACACUAUACGCCGUUCGUGGAUAUCAAAAGCGUUGAAGCAUCAGACAUCACUCGGUUGUUUCUCAUACAAAUUACCCGCGCGGGCACCACCGCCGAAAUAUUCAUCGGAGACUGAUGAUACUAAGUGGGUAUUUUUAUAUAAUUCAGCACACAUGUUGGGUGGAUACUGUCACCGUGGUCUGACCGCACUCACUGGCGCAGCAAUAUCUGGCGCAGUUAGAUUUGUAUUGGAGCGAGUGUAUUCGCGUAAUGAUAAUAAUUGAUGAGAACCUUUCAUAUUGUAAGUUUCCACUGCCUGUAAAUAACAUAUUGUCAACAUCACAAACUACUUAAAACAUGUUGUUGUACAUGUUUUGGCAGUGAGUACA